GGGGGCGUGUUUAUGUUAAUCGGGUGGGCGGGGUUAUGCAAAUCACAUGAGCUGCCGGGGCAGAGUCCCACGGACGGAGCGGGACGCGGCGGUCGGGAGCUGCGCUUUCCUGCUGCGCACCAAUCCAUCCCCGUUCCCACCUGGGAUUUUUGGGAGCUUGCGUGUCUCCAGGACUUCAGGCAGCGAGGUGCCCGGGGACGCCGUGGGCAAAGGCGCGGGUUGGGGUGCCACGGGUUUGGUCCUGGAGCGGUCCCGGCGUGGAGGAGCGACAGUGGAACCACUCUGCUGCGGAGCCCUUCACUCGGGAGGGAGCUGCAGGGCUGUUCUUAAACUCCUCCUCACCGAUGCUCUGAGCCUCCUUCCACAGCCUCCUAGCAAACACCCAAGAUGCAGGCAGACUCCGUUCUUCACAGCGGCUACUUCCACCCGGUGCUGCGCUCCUGGCAGUGUACGGCAACCACCUUUGAUGCCUCCAACCUCAUCUACCCCAUUUUUGUCACUGACAGCCCUGAUGCAGUGGAGCCGAUCCCCAGCCUCCCUGGACAAGCCAGGUACGGCGUCAACAAGCUGGAGGGGAUGCUGCGUCCCCUCAUCGAGGAUGGUCUGAAGUGUGUGCUCAUCUUUGGGGUGCCCAGCAAGGUCCACAAGGAUGAGAGAGGCUCCGCUGCUGAUGCGCAGGACACACCUGCCAUCCAGGCAAUCAAGAAGAUCCGCUCCACCUUCCCAGAGCUGCUCAUCGCCUGCGAUGUCUGCUUGUGCCCUUACACCUCCCAUGGGCACUGCGGCAUCCUGCGUGAAGAUGGCACAAUCCAGAACGAGCUCAGCUGCCAGCGGCUGGCAGAAGUGGCACUGGCCUACGCCAAAGCAGGCUGCCACAUCGUUGCCCCCUCAGAUAUGAUGGAUGGGCGCAUCGCGGCCAUAAAGGCGGCGCUGAUCUCCAACGACUUGGGCAACAAGGUCUCGGUGAUGAGCUACAGCGCCAAGUUUGCUUCAUGCUUCUACGGUCCUUUCAGGGAUGCUGCACUAUCCAAACCCGCCUUUGGAGACAGGCGAUGCUACCAGCUGCCCCCGGGCGCCAGGGGCCUGGCAAUGCGUGCUGUGGACCGGGACGUGCGCGAGGGAGCGGACAUGCUGAUGGUGAAGCCGGGGAUGCCCUACCUGGACCUCGUGAGGGAGGUCAAGGCCCGACACCCCACGCACCCGCUGGCCGUGUACCACGUCUCGGGGGAGUUCGCCAUGCUGUGGCACGGGGCCCAGGCCGGGGCCUUCAGCCUGGAGGCUGCCGUCAGGGAGGCGGUGACGGCGUUCAGGCGCGCAGGGGCCGACGCCAUCAUCACCUACUUCGCGCCGCAGCUGCUGCGCUGGAUGAGGGAGGAGGCGGCGGCGGCGGGACGGGCCUGAGGGCGGAACUUCCGGGGGGUGUGGGGGGAGGCUUCCGGGGCACGGGGCGGGGC